AUGCCGUCCCGCACGAAGUCAACAUUCACAUGCGCCGAAGUCGAGUCGCAUAAUUCUACCUCUUCGUGCUACGUCACGAUCGGCUCCAGCGUGUACGAUAUCACCGAAUUCGUCGAAUACCACCCCGGUGGCGACACCCUCAUCCUCGACUACGCUGGCCAAGACGUGAAGAAGAUUAUGAUGGACUACGUAGCCCAUUUUCAUUCUGAGUCCGCAUAUGAGAUACUCGGAAAUUAUUAUGUGGGAUCUGUAGGUAUUCCAAAGGCCGCCGCGAACAAUAGCUCUGCGCAAUCUUCCGACGACGCUGUCGACACUGAGGAUAGUGACCUCGAAACGCACCCCCGGACCGGAAUGUCAUGUGAACAAGACCUGAGCAAGGAAACCGACAUCGAUAGCGACUACAAGAAGCAUAGAUUCCUUGAUCUCAGCCGUCCCCUUUUCCCCCAGAUCUGGUUUGGCGGGUUCAGUAAGGAGUUCUAUAUUGACCAAGUACAUCGCCCACGCCACUACAAGGGGGGCAGUUCUGCACCUCUUUUUGGGAACUUCCUCGAGCCACUCUCCAAGACGCCGUGGUGGAUGAUCCCUACACUGUGGCUGCCCUGCGUCAUCUAUGGAACUUACCUGGCAAGUUACGGUAUCAAUACUUUAUUCUCUUGUAUUGGUUACUGGCUCUUUGGACUUUUCAUCUGGUCCUUCAUAGAGUAUUCUAUGCAUCGGUUUCUAUUCCACCUCGACGAUUACCUACCUGACAACAGGGUUGCCAUAACACUACACUUCCUGUUGCAUGGCAUCCACCAUUACCUGCCUAUGGAUAAAUAUCGCCUUGUCAUGCCGCCGACACUCUUCAUCGUACUUGCAAUUCCUUUCUGGAAGCUGGCACACCUUCUCUUUGGCAGCUGGCAUAUCGCCACCGCGGCUUUCUGUGGUGGCCUCUUCGGCUAUAUCUGCUACGACAUGACUCAUUACUUCGUGCACCAUGAAAAUCUUCCCCUUUGGUAUAAGCAGCUUAAGAAACAUCACCUGCAGCAUCAUUUCCUAGACUAUGAGAAUGGCUUUGGUGUUACCUCCAGGUUCUGGGAUAACAUCUUCGGUACAGCUCUGAACCAACCAUGA